GUACAAGGAGGAGGGCAAGAAGGAGAUGAGCAGCUCUGUACAUCUCAGCUUCCUGAAACCACCGAGAUGCAGCUCGCCAAGACCGUCCACGAGUUUCAGAGCGAGAAAAAGUACAAAGAAGAUGGGAAGCGGAAAGCUUCCAUCUCCAUCUACUCCCAGCUCCCAGAUACUCCAGAAAUACAGCAUGCUCUGGAGGUGUCACAGCUGCAGAGUGAGGUGAACUAUCGCCCUAAGACGAUGGUCAGAGGAGCCCCCGCCUCCCUCUACUCUCAGCUCCCCGACACCACAGAGAUCCAGUUUGCCAGAGAGAUGACGGAGAUGCACAGCGAGAGUAAGUACAGAGAGGGCGGCAGGAGGAGCCUCUCCCAGAGUUUCUACUCUCAGCUCCCAGAAACCGCCGAGACUCAGUUUGCCAAGAGCGUCGCUGAGCUGCAGAGCGAGAGGCGGUACAAGGAGUCGGGACAGAAAGGCAGGAACUCGUCUUUGUACUCUCUGCUCCCGGAGACGUUAGAGACGGCUCGUGCCAGGGAGGCCUCAGAGCUUUACAGCGAGGUCAAGUAUAAAGAGGACGGGAAGAAGGAGCUGAACAUGAGCCUGUACUCUCUGCUGCCCGAGACCCUCCACACGCAGCGAGCUAAAGAGGUGUCAGAGCUGCAGAGUGAGGUGAAGUAUAAAGAAGGCCUGAAGCAGAAGAUUCAGAGCAGUUUGUACCAUCAGCUCUCAGAGACCACAGAGACACAGCUGGCCAAACAGCUGUCUGAGCUGCAGAGUGAGGUUAAAUAUAGAGAAGCUGGACAGAAGCAGGUGAACACCUGCCUGUAUUCUCUGCUGCCUGAAACUCUGGAGACUCAACACGCGAAAGAAGCCGCAGAGCUGCUCAGUGAGAUUAAAUACAGAGAGGGUGGCAAGAAGCAGAUGUCCAGUUCGCUCUACUCCACUCUGCCCGACACUUUAGAAAGCAGCUUCGCCAGAGAGGUGACCGACAUGCUGAGCGAGGUACUGCCGCAAGGAGGGCUCAUUUCCUCCUGGUGAUGAUGGAUAUUGUGACCUCUGCUCCAGGGCCCCAUGA